UCGUCCUCUGACGAAGUAUUCGAUUGCGGAGGAGGGUCUGUGCUCGUCGCAGGAUGGUGGAUAUUCAUUAGGUUGAGAAUUGUGUUUAAUCUACUCUUUGAGACAUAGGUUAGGCAGUGCAGUAAGGGAAAAGGUUGCUGGAAAGAUAUUCUGAGCAGGAGGUAGUGAGUAUUCCUGAUCUUUCCCUUGACGGAAGUGGAAAUGGAAGGGAGAGGUAGAAGGGAGUGAAAUGGAGUGGGGAGAAGGAAGUAGAGGCCCGUCAGUCCCUCUACAUUAAAAUUCGGAAGAGUUUUCUUUCUGCGACUUUUGUGCAGAUUUUUCUAGAUACAUUUUGCUGUGUUACGUCCACUGCUGCCCAGAAUCUUCGCGGAGGACACCAGCUGUCUGCUGCAGCGUUGGGCACCUCCUAUUGCGCUUGUCGCUUCCGGGUGGGAGUUUCGUGAAGCUUUUACGAGUUUAGGAGGUGGAGAUGGAGGAGACCAAGCGGUAGACUGUCGUUUUGCGUCUGGGAACCAAGGGUACUCGAUCUCGUGAUGCAUGCACCGUGCACAUAGGUUCUGGUUGCGGAUUUUGCUGACUCCUCUCAUCAUUCAUCGUGGAGGGUGUUUGCAGCGAGUGGAGCAGUUGGAUAGCUAGGUUCUACUUCCGUGCAACCCCUUAUUUCGGUGUCGUGAGGAGAGCAUGAACUGUCCGUUGAAGGAUUUUUAUCCUCUUCUAAACGUCAAGUGAUUGCUAUCUUAUUGCGUAUCGCAGAUUGGAAUCGCUUUGUGGUGAGGUCGUUCACUCUCGCAUCUGCAGACUUUAGGAUUGGCAGUCGGUGAAGUUCUGUGCUCUCGAGAAAGUUUCUGUGUCGAAAUCUCUCUUGCAACGAGCACCUGUUGUGGUGGCGGUGACAAGUGCUUUUGUUUUAGAUGCUAGAGAUAUGACGAACGCAAUAGCAACCUUCUUCCACAUGGUUUCGAGGGCUACUAGGUCUUGGUUUUGGUGAACGGUUUGACCUGGGAUUUGCCCAAGAAUCUGAGUGUACAAUAAUUCUGCUUCUCUGCUUAUUCGUGUGAUGUGCUUGGAUUCUCACGUCUGCGAGCAACGUUGAGCUUGUCUUCGUUGGAUUUUUUUCUGCGUAGUCGUCCAACCUGCCCCUUGCCAUGGCAGCAACCCUGCUUACCCCAAUGUCGCUUGACAUUCUCCCCGAAGAAGGACGGUUCAUGGUAAGGCGGCAAGGGUCACUGACCCUUGGGAACAGCUCUCCAAAGAUGGACUGGAGAGCUAUUGCAGGAUUGGGUGCAGGAAACAAAGGACCAACAGGGCAAGGCACGAGUUCCAUUCGGCGGACGCUAUCAGUAGGCUCUGCGCUCUCAGAUUUUCUCGGCAGCAGCUCGACUAGGAAGACUCUUGAGGAACAUUCUUUGAUGAGGAGGCCAGUUAGCAAAGACUGCCUGGAAAGCUUAGAAGUUAGCAGUAACGUUAUGGAAAAUGCGGAUGGCAAUGAGAGACGGGGGAGGUUUGAAGAGGAGCGCAAGUGGGAUUUCUCAACACAUGAGAAUACUUUUCGGCCCGGAGGUAUGAUGCAUAAAAACAAGUUCCCUUCCACUCAAUCUAUUGCACAGGAACGUCAAAGUUUUGGCACAGGCAAGGGGACUGGCUCAUUUCCUCCGCCAAGUAAUAGCUUCGGUACAGGACUCAUGCGUGCUAAUUCCACGGGUCACAUAGUAACGCCGAAGGCGUCCAAGAAGUCCAUCGUGGUGGAGCAAGUGCAGCAGUCCUUUGAUUCCUUGAAGGACAGGCUAGAUUUUUCUCUAAAGAUGCAACCUGAGUGUUCUGCUCCCGCCAGACCGCCUUCUGUUGCUAGACUUUUGCCAGAAUCUUCCAAUAUCAGUGUACAGCCUUGUAAAGACUUGGGGAUUCUUGGCAUAGCCAAAGAUGUGUCGGAUUUGAAGAUGUCUUCUCUGCCGCGAAGUUUAAAGCGACGGAACUGUAAAGAAAAAAAUGUAGCAAUUCAUCGUUCAUGUGCCUUCAGCAAUGCCUUCUCAGCAAUGGUAUUUAUCAUCAAGAGUAUGCAUGGACAUGCUUUAGAGAUGGAAGAAAACUACGCGCUGAGCCUUGUGACACCAAUGCACCGGGAGAUAGACCUGUCUUUCGCUUGGCUCUUCCAGCAAGUUUUCUCACGUACGCCGCAAUAUAUGCUCUCCAUCACUGUCUUGCUUGCGGAGUUCUCCGUUCAUUCUUUGGGUAAGGAUGUGGCUUUAGCAGGGGCUAUAGCCAUGGCGCACCCGAAGACUCCGGUCUCGAAUGAUGUUGCUGCUCCAGUCAAAGAAGACGUCGCAGCCGGUUUCAUGAAGGAGUUGAGAAGACGACGGAAAGCUGCACCUUCGCCCAAGCUUGAAUCUGUGGAUAUCUCCCCAGUAACGAAUGAAGCCAUGAAUGGAUUUGCUCCUAAAUUUUCUGCUGCCGAAGAGUUCAUCAUGCAGAGAAUGAUGUCUGAGGUCACAAAGGAGCAAGAGGCAAGCUCAGGAUGGUCAUCGCUUACGUUCGUGGACCGUAAGGUUGCGAAGGGGCUUGUUGCUCCCGUGCAAGUCACCGUGAGCCCAGAUAACUACCUCUGCUUUGAUCGGACAGACCUCGAGUAUCAGCACGCCAUCGACAUGCAACCAACCAAUGUGAUGCUACUCUCCAACUAUGCGCAGUUUCUUUACGUUGUUCGUCAUGACAACAACAGGGCGGAAGAGUAUUUCCACCGUGCCAUUUGUGCAGACCCUUCCGAUGGGGAAGUGCUUGGAAGGUUCGCAACAUUUUUGUGGCUCGCUCGCGGCGACAAGGAAACUGCAGAAAGAGCUUUCAGGGCCGCUGCUGCUUUGGAUCCCACCAACCCCUAUCAUGCGGGCAAUUACUCCCACUUUUUGUGGCACUUGGAGGACGAACAUCGCAAGUGUCUUUCAUCAUGUCAUGUUGGGCAUUCAUGAUUGAUUCGCCGAAAUCUCCUAAGUCCUCAACUCGUGUCAAACUCUGUUACUUCACUACUGCAUGGAAGUAUCUCACAUCAAAAUGAUUUGUAAUGGUUCUCUUCGUGUAGACUGAUGCCCAUCGUCAAACGCUUUUAUGGAAUUUUUCGAUACAGGGCAUGUUAUUUUACAUCAUACCUUUCACUAGCUGAGGAACCUUCAAGCAUAUAGGGUUUCUUGUACAACUCACAAUUUUGAUAGGAGUGUAAAAAAUCGAUAUUGAGGAAGAGAAGUAGGUUAUGCAUGUAAUGACUACAUAGUGGCUGGAUACUUGUACCAAUGUGAUGAUUCAAGAGUUGGAAAAGAGCGACUACCGUUGGCUUUGUCUGAAGUUAGUUCUAAGCGACGACAACUUCUACUGAAAAA